AUGAGUCCGGGCAUCUCGGGCUUCAACGGAUACUUCCAACCAACGAUUGAACACGGACUAAGAGGCGGAUCAAGUGACACAUCUCAGACCAUUGAAGCACAAGCUGCGGUGUUUGUGCGCAAGGGCCUCCCACAGGCACAAAUAGAUACGACGGCCUACUGCAACCCGUUCCAGGAGGUGGUGGCGGUUCGCUGCACGCUUGGACGUCACCGGGUCAUCCUAACCUCCUGCUACGCGAGACCUGAGUCAAGCUGUUCCAGGCGCGGCCACGCUGGACAAGCCGGCUUCCAAUGGCUGAUGGACCUCCGGCAGCGCUACCCCCGUGACCGCCUGCUCGUGGCGGGCGAUUUUAAUGCGCACCACCCGGACUGGGGGUACUCGAUUGCUAACGCCAGGGGCGCGCGGCUAAAGGAGGCAGCGGAGUUGGCGCACCUCACUCUGGCCAACGACCUCGACUACCCAACGCGCCACGGACUGCACGAGGGACAGCGAGACACCACCCCGGACCUGACCUGGGCAGACUCCCGACUGGUGACCGACUGGCGGUGCGGACCGGACCCUAUGGGGUCCGACCACUAUCCCAUCUGGCUGGAGCUCUCAACCGGCGGCAAAGCAGGGCGCAGACGUUUAACUCAGGCUAUCGACUGGGACGCCUUCCGAAAGGCGGUGGCCUCGUGCGAAGACGCGGUUCCCGUAACCGCAAAAUUACUGAGGGCAGCGCAAGCGGCCACGCGAAACCUGGAGGUGGAAGACCAAGACCCGGUUCCCGACAAACAUCUAAUGAACCUGUGGGAAGCACGCAAGCGGCUCCACAAGAUAUAUCUUAACAACGGCAAACGAUUCAAGGACCUAGUGCGUUUGCGCAACAAGACGGCACAGGCACGUAGAUAUGCCAAACGCCUGGCUCGCUCGAGGUGGCUUGACCAUUGCGCGACGUUUGACGAACGAACUGGCACCCGCAAGCUAUGGCGCGCCCACAGAGCCUUGACCGGCAAGACCAAGGCGCCCAACACUGCUCGCAACAUCCAGCUAGCCACCGACCAAACUCCGGAGCAGUUUGAGGAAGCGGCCGCCAAGGCCUUUUUCCCACAACCUGCUAACGAUCCGGACCUGUGCCUGUACGAACUGCAACCGCCGAGCGACACAGAACAAGACGCCCCGUUCACGAUUCAAGAAUUGACACUGGCCUUGGACUCUGUCAACGAGCGCAGCGCCCCUGGCAAGGAUGGAAUCACGUGGCGCAUGCUGCGCAACCUGGACGAGCCGGAGAAACGAAAGCUCCUGAAAGAACUUAACGACGUCUGGGCGUCAGGAGUACUACCGGCCGACUGGAAACAUUCAGUGGUGUACCCUAUUCCGAAACCAGGAAAGAGUCCGGAUCAAAUACAGAACCUCCGACCAAUCUCACUUACGUCUACGCUAUGCAAGCUACUCGAACGGAUGAUCCUUACGCGACUCACUUAUGUCUUGGAAGAAGCCAGGGACGACCCUUACUACGACACUGCGCAGACCGGUUUUCGCCCCGGACUGUGCACCCACGACAGCCUACACCUCCUUCGAAACUUUGUGGGUAAGAGGCGCCGAGGAACCAACAAGGUACCCGGACUCCUGGUGGCAGUGGAUCUCCGGAAAGCUUUUGACACCGUCGAGCAUUCGGCAGUGAUCGAAGAACUCGAAGAGAGUGGCGCAGGCACCCGCAUAAUCAAUUUCGUGAAAAGCUUCCUCAAGAAUCGUACCUUUGAGAUCAGCUCGGGCGCCCAGCAACCCCGCAUGUUCCAGAAUUUCCGUGGAGUACCUCAAGGAGCCAUCCUUUCGCCGACCCUUUUCAACUUGGUCAUGAGAAAAAUAGCAAGAGUGUUGCGCGCCGUCCCACACCUUCAGCACACAACUUAUGCGGACGACAUCACCCUUUGGGUGGACCCCCGAAACACAAAGCUCGACACUAAAGAAACGGUCGAAACCAUGCAGACGGCCCUAGAUGCCAUUGACCAGUGCCUGCAAACUACGGGCAUGCAACCUUCCCCAGAGAAGACAGCCUUCCUCAUCGUCGGCGGUCUUGAGCACAACAGAGCUCAAAUACACCUGACCCUGGCCGGCCAGUCCAUUCAGCGCUCCCCCGAACGCUGGAUUCGCAUAUUGGGAGUCCCACUGCACGAACAAGGAGGAGCGCAAGAGUGGAUCAAGCAACUCAAACCCAAGUGGCGACAACAGCUCCAACUCAUUAAGAGAAUGGGCAACCGCCUUGGUGGCGCGGGCACGCGCACCAUCCGCUUGCUCACUCAAGCAGUCCUGACCUCAAAAGCCUGCUAUGGAGCCGCAUGUUUCGUCCUGACCAAGGCGCAGCUCAAACAGCUGGAAAUAUUGCAUCGUGAAUGCCUGCGUGCAAUCACCGGUCUCCCAAGACACACUAAGACGGAAGAGCUGUAUCGGUACUCGAAUCUUCCGACUCUACAAGCCAUCAUUGAGACCCGCGUUGCCGGCCAUCGGCGGCGCCGGACAUCGACUAGAGCCGGUCAACGUCUUCUGGAUUUACAGGGUUGGCGGCCUCCCGUAGGAGAGGCCCCGCCUCCGAAGAGCAUGCCACCAUGGGAGGACAUUAUGGUCAGAAACCCCAAGCCGCUCACUCGCAAACAACACCGCGAAGAACAUUCAGAAGAAAGAGCUGCACUUGCUGCGCGGGCAGACCUCGUGGAGCACGCGGUCUUCACAGACGCCGCAUGGUGCCAAGAGACGAAGCGGGCCACACUCGCCUACGCUACUGGCCAGGACCGAUAUGCUCAGACACUUCAAUACGACAGCGAACCUAGCACGAGCCGCCUCGAACUGGAUGCAAUACACCUGGCACUAUCUCGAAUAAGAGAGACAUUCGACCUAGUGGACGUACCCACCCGUGUAACCAUCUUCACGGAUUGUAGGGAAGCCCUUGCCCGUCUGGGGAAAACUCCUCGCGAAGGGACGCUCUGCCAGCGAAUCAAGAGUCUGUGCUCGUAUUUGAAAAACACCAAAGGUAUUGAGGUGAGAGUGGACUGGGUCCCGGGACACGCGGGCGGCAUCGGUAACGAGGCCGCACACGCGUGGGCGAGCGAGCAAAGGGAAGACCGCUCCAACCCAGGGAUCUUCGUCCCCUUCGCGCCGCCGGACCCAGACCCCAUAGAGAAGAAAUCUGCGGCCCGACAAGAGGAUCAGCGUCGGCUGCGAGAUCAAACACCCUACAACCCGGCACCGCUACCCAAGGGUUUACCCAGAGGGGCACAAGUGUUAAUUCACAAGGCCCGCACCGGAGCUGCGCUCACCGAAGACAUACUCGCUCGGUGGCGUAGCUACAAACCACGGAGGGGCCGCCCACCCGACCAAGUGCCACCGGAAGGGUCCGAGCCCGCUGCACUUGUCGUCUGCACUACAUGCACCGCCGGCGUGAGCCCGACGAUCCGACACUUACUCUGGGAUUGUGCCGGCUUGCGAGACAAAAGAGCCGAACACCUGGGGCCUCACAUCGACACUUUAGAGGCCUGGAUCACACCGGUUAACGAGGCACGGGCCAGGGAGACGCUGAUCUCCCUAUGGGAGUUCGCGCGCUCGACAGGAGUGCACCGCCGAAUGUAAAGUUUUCCUACCUAUGUUCCCCUUCCCCCAAUGAGGCCAUGGCGCCACCCUUUUUGAAAAUAAA